AUGGCCAAACUCACCGUUCACGCCCUCCUCCUUCUCCCAUUCCUCCUCCCCCUCGUCCUCGCGGCCCCAGACCCAAACCCGCAAGCCGAAAUCACAACCACCUCCACCACCCUAACAACCUCAUCAUCCCCUUCCACCCCCUCCCCAACGCCAUCCAUAAUCUGUAACAACUCCCCCGACCUGUGCACCCGCGCCUACAACAACAUCACCCACCUCGGCGCCCACGACAGCCCCUUUGUCCGCGACCCCAGCACCCGUAACAGUGUCGCGGGAAACCAGUACUAUAACGCCACUGUUGCGCUGUCCGCCGGGGUUAGGUUGUUGCAGGCGCAGGUUCAUUUCUCUAACCCAUCAUCAUCAUCAUCUUCUUCUGCUUCGGGAGAGGGUGGGGGAGAUGGCGGGGUGCUACGGCUGUGUCAUACCGACUGUCGGUUGAUGGAUGCGGGGCGGUUGGAGGAUUGGUUGGGUACGAUUCGGGUGUGGUUGGAAGGGAAUGGGAAUGAGGUGGUGACGCUGUUGUUGGUGAAUUCGGAUGAUAGGGGGAGAGGGGUGUUUGGGGAGGCUUUUGAACGCGCUGGGUUGGGGAGGUAUGGGUUUGUGCCGGGGUCAACGUCCAACUCAACAACGUCGAAUUCCUCGGGGUCGAACUCAUCGGGGUCGAACUCAUCAGGGUCAAACUCAACAGGACCCAUCGCCUGGCCGACCCUGCAAACCCUCAUCACAGCCAACACCCGACUCGUCGUCUUCAUCGCCUCGCUCCCCGCCGUGUCCUCCUCAGCCCAAGAAACAGCCGACAGCCAGACCUACCCGUACCUCCUUAACGAAUUCGACCAUGUCUUCGAGACCGCUUACAAUAUCACCGACCCGUCGGCUUUUAACUGUGCCCUCGACCGGCCGGCGAAUACCACUUUCUCUUCUUCUUCUACCUCUGGCACAGACAACAAAGAGGGAACGCUAGCCCAACAAGCCCUCUCCGCCGGCCGUCUCCCCCUGCUCAACCACUUCGUCUACCUCCAACUAACCCCCGACAUCUGGAUCCCCUCGGCCAGCGGCGUCAACGCGACCAAUAGCCCGUCUGAAGCUGACAGCGAUGUUGGCGCGUUGGGGCGGCAUAUCAAGACUUGUCGGCAGGAAUGGAAUUCUUCCUCCUCCAAGCCAGUCUUCGUGCUAGUAGACUUCUACAACCACGGCCCGGCAAUCGAAGCAGUGGACAGAGCGAAUGGAAUUGUCGGGGUAGGCAGGGUGAAGGAGCCGGUUCCGUCGUCGUCGUCGUCGUCGGGGGAGCAGUGGAAUCAGAAUCAGGCCUGGGCUAUCAUACUGGCGAGUGUGUUGUCGGCGGUUUCGCUUGCGAUGGUUUGGUAUAUUUUUAGAAAUUCCCGUUGCUGGGUGUGUUGGGGGUGUUGUGGUCAGAAUCAUCCUGAGGGCUAUUAUCGUAAUUGA